AUGUAUGCUGAUGCUGAUAUAGACAAGGCUACAUUUAAUAUCACUAUUCAUCUUUAUGAAGCUCAAAGCCGCUUUCCUCCACGUCCCCGACUCUCCGCUGCAAUCGCAAAACAUUCCACUGGCCCCGAACUCCAGUCUUUCCAAUCUCUUCCAAACCCCACACUUCCAAACCCCCACACUUCCAAAAUUCCCGCUCUUCCCAAAUUCCCGCUCUCGCCAAACCCCCCUCAUCCCAAAACAGCCCAUCUCCCCCGUCUCGCUCUGCCGCGUGCCACCACGCAGGCGCGCGAGCCCAGGCCCCAGGCCCCAGGCCGCGCCGGAGAGGUCGCGCCCGCGCGGCACUGUGAGUCCGGGCCAGUGCGCCUGCGCCCAGCCCAUUGCAACAACCCACCGGCCGUCUGCCCUGAGCGCCCAGCCCGUCUUCCCACGCCACCCCAUACCACCAUGCUCAGACGCUUCGCCAGCCCCGCCCGUGCGGCCCGCGCGUUCUCGUGCCGCGCCGCGGCGCUCAACGCGCUGGUUUUCCGCAUGCCCGCCAUGUCGCCCACCAUGACCGAGGGCGGCAUCGUCGCCUGGAAGUACAAGCCCGGCGCCUCGUUUGCCUCUGGCGACGUGUUGCUCGAGGUCGAGACGGACAAGGCCACCAUCGACGUGGAGGCCACGGACGACGGCGUCUUGUGGGAGCUCUUGCACCACGACGGCGAGUCCGGCAUCCCGGUCGGCCAGCCCAUUGCCUUGUUGGCGGAGCCGGGCGACGACUUGGCCACGUUGGCACGCCCGGCCUUGGAGCUGCCCGCCGCGGCCGAAACCAAGGCGGCAGAAACCAAAGCGCCACAAACCAAAGCGCCACAAACCAAAGCGCCACAAACCAAAGCGCCACAAACCAAAGCGCCGCAAACAAAGGCGCCCGAGGCCAGGGCCGUGGCCCAGCGCGCAGAGCCCACAGCCAACGGGGCAAACCCCCAAACGGCAGCACCCACAACACCGCACCCCGCGAGCAGGGCCAACGCCGCGUUGAAGGUGUCCCCCGCCGUCGAGGUCUUGUUGCACCGCCACGGCCUCUCGCGCGCGCACGCGCUCGCGCACAUCCCAGCGUCCGGGCCCCAGGGCCGCCUCUUGAAAGGCGACGUGUUGGCCCACCUCGGCCUCAUCGACGCGGCCGCCGUGGCCCGCGCCGCGGCCUACGCGCGCAGCAGGCAGCACUUGGACCUCUCGCACAUCUCCGUGGCGCCCGCCGCGCCGCGCCGCGCCGCGCCGGCCCCGCCCGCCCGCUCCGUGACCAUCCAGUACUCGGCCGACUUGGGCCACGCCGCGCCGCGCGCCCAGCUCCACGCCGCGUUCGAGGCCGCCGUGCGCACCGCCACCCGCCACGCCCACGCCGCGCGGUUCCCCGCCUACGCACACACGCCCCUGGCGGCCGCCGCGCCCGCGGACGACCUCUUCGGCGACUUGCUCGUGGCGCCGGUGUCCACGGCCCGCUUCCACGUGCACGCCGUGCGCUACAGCGGCGCGGCUGCGCCGGCGCCGGCGCCUGAGGACUUGUUCGCCGAGCUCGUGGGCCAGCCGCGCGGCGCCUCCGCGGCAGCGGCCGCCAGCGUGCCCGGCCUGGCCACGGCCCACUUCCAGGUCACGUACGACACCCGGCUCAGCGACGCGCGCGCCUUCGUGGCCGCGUUCGAGGAGUCCUUGCGGCGCCAGGGCCCCGCGCAGCAGUUGACCGUGCACGCGUGAGCUUGCGGCGCCCUAAAUAGAACCACCCAAUACGACACCCACUGCUGCCGAGCGCGGCCGCCGCGGCGCGGCUGGCCCCGUGCCCGUAGACUGUCAGCGCAUACGUGAGUCACAUGACCAAUAUGUGGCCGCAACAAUGACGAGCGUGAGAAAGCCACGUGUUUGCUACACGAGGGAGGAAUAAAUAGGGGCAUAGGUCGAGGCCGAGGUAGAAACGAGUUUCUUUCUCAAGGAUUCAGUGACCACUCUAAGCUGGGUCCGUAGUAAUUAGUUACAAACACAAAUCAAGAAUAGAACCAGCGUUCCAAUG